AUGCCUGUCUGUCCGCUACCGCUGACCAAUACAUACAUACAUACAGUGGGAACACAUGUCCGCUAUUAUCACAACGACAUAAAAGUACCCAACUUUGAGAACUAUAGACACCCGAAGACCAAAGACCCGAACCGCGCGGCCAAAGAGUCGCGAGACGAGCGCCGACUGACACUCGACGUCGUGAAGAUCGGUGUGGGAGUGACCGGAGCUAUAGUUGCCAAACGUAUCGGUCAGACAUUGGUGGCCAAUCUGUCGCCCGCGCAGUCGACGCUCGCUAUGGAGAGAGCGCAGGCGAAGGAGGAGCUCCGGGACCCGCAGACCGACGAGGAGCGGGCGUACGCCCACCCCUCUGGCAAAUGGCUGGUAGUGAUGGCCAACUGUACGCACUUGGGUUGCAUACCGAUCGCCAAUCAGGGCAAUUGGGGCGGCUUUUACUGUCCCUGUCAUGGCUCCCAUUACGACGCCUCCGGCCGUAUCCGCAAAGGCCCGGCCCCUCUCAACCUCGAGGUGCCCGACCAUCACGUGCUCGAAGCCGAGAAUAAGCUCAUUUUGGGCCUCAAAACACCCGCAGUGUAG